GAUUCGCUCACAGACCAGGAGUCUGUAGAGAAGACCAGGAGAAACUUCUCAGAGAAGAAGGAGCGCACUCUUACUGUGCAACAGUGAUGUUGAAAGGACUAAAGAUGCUGUGUCCUGUAUGGUCCUUGGCUAUGGCGGUGCUUUGCAUACUCGCUAUGGAAGUCAGCAGUCAAUGCUGGGAGAGCUCCCACUGCCAAGACCUUAGCACAGAGGAGAACAUGUUGGAGUGCAUUCAGCUGUGUAAGUCAGACCUCACAGCUGAGACCCCAGUCUACCCUGGCGAGGGCCACCUCCAACCCCCAGAGCCUGAGGGGACCGACGCAGACUCCCUGCCCGUCCUCAGCCUCGCCGCAGUGGGUUCCCCCGAGGAGUCGUCCCCCGAGGUGAAGCAGGCCUUCCCCAGGCAGGAGGAGAAGCGCUCCUACUCCAUGGGUCACUUCCGCUGGGGCAAGCCGGUGGGCCGCAAGCGCCGCCCCGUUAAGGUCUACCCCAACGGCGUGGAGGAGGAGUCGGCCGAGGCGUUGCCGGGGGAGAUGCGGCGCUCGGCGCUCAACGACGUGGACUACGGCGCGGCGGGCGGCGAGGCGGAGGAGAGGGCAGCGCUGGCCGGCCUGCUCCAGCAGAAGAAGGACGGCUCGUACAAGAUGAACCACUUCAGGUGGAGCGGCCCGCCGGCCAGCAAGCGCUACGGCGGCUUCAUGAAGUCGUGGGACGAGAGGAGCCAGAAGCCUCUCCUCACGCUCUUUAAGAACGUCAUCAACAAGGAUGGACAACAGAAGAAAAGUCAGUAA